AUGCCUCUAAACACUACACCCCAUCCUUUGUGGACACAACCACCGUCUACAAUCAAUCCAUCGGGACCAAACACCAAUAGAAAGUACCACGCCUGCGCAACACUCCUCAAUACGCCUCCCGGCCAGUCCUCGAAAGCACGAUCCCCUCUCGCACUUAAACCUCGUGAAAGCCAUGAGUCGCUGGCGAAGCGCGUCGAAGCGGCGCGUAUAUUAGAAAGCAACGAGAUGUUGAUAUGGUACAGUGUGGCGCGGGACGAGGUAAAACACUUCACUUUAUCCCCAAAGACGUUCGUCGCAAGGACGACUGCUGCUGCUGCUGCAAUUCCCCGUUGCAAACAUGCUGACAGCGUUAUAUUGCAUAUGAAGACCGUCCCGCAAACACGCCUACAUUUCCAACGCAUCGUCUCCGGUAUGCCCGCGCCGCCUGAGCCACCCUCGCCUACCUCGACAGUAUCCUCCUUGUCGAAUUCUCCGUUGCGAGAGUCGCCGCUACGCAACAACCCCUCGCUCACAUCUCCGUCCACAUCAUCAAGGAAAGGAAAGGCUCCGUGUAGUCCUCGCCAAAAUCCUCGCCAAAACCCUACUGAACCAGCUGUCGACAACACAGACGCACUGAUGGCAGCAAUGUUGGAAGCUGCUACAAGCGAGUCACUUGAGAUGAAUCCAACGCAGUAUGCUACUGAAACUGCCGCAGGUCGGGCACGAUACCCGCAAGCCAAUGCAUCAAAUGUGGCCGGGCCUUCAACUGCAGCGGAUAGACUCGAUUUAGAUGCAGAUGAUAUUGAUGAUCACCUGUUUGACGAAACGUAG